UCUAUUCCAUUAAUGUUGGUGUAUACAUGCAAAAUAUUUUAUAAAGUCAUUCAUUUGUUCUAGUUUCUGUUAUUUGAACAUCAUUUGUAUUCUACCCUCUCAGACACAACUUUUGUUCUUUAUCAAAAUUUUCAAUGUUGAUAAAAUAGUGAACAAAAAAAGUAAAAUAUUGAGCACUCAUAACAUCACUGCUAAUUUCUUAAACUAUGUUAAUUAAAUAUAAGUUUUUAAAUAUUUAAAAAAAUUUUCAGUGUUGAUAAAAUAAUGAACAAAAAAAGUGAAAAAUCAAAUACUCACCACGUUCUCGCCAAUUUCUCACAAAGACAUAUUCUUAAUAUUCUACUUCCUUCUGAGCAAAAUUCUAAGCAAAAAAUUAAUGAAGCUUUCAUAUCAUCUUUAUCAACACUACACCAGGCAGCUCGUGAUGGGCAGUUAGAAAUUGUUCAACAGUAUUUAAAGUUGUAUGGUAAAGAUAAAAAGAAAGUAAAUUUUAAAGAUGAAGAUGAAACCACCGCUCUUCAUUAUGCCGUCCGUUAUAGUCAUUUUCCAAUUGUCAAAAUUCUUGUUGAAAGUGGUGCAAAUGUGAAUAUACCAGGUCAAUAUGGUGCUACUCCUUUGCACUAUGCAUCUCGAUUUGUAGAGAAAAAGUUAAAAACAAUUAGUAGCAACGAGCAUUUAAAGACACCUGAAACACUCCCAAAAUUUCAUUUAUGCACUGAUAACAAUAACACAACAGAAUUGGAAUGUCAUAAUGCUAAAGAUAAAAAACGUAAUUUAUUUAUUGAAAAUACAAAUGAAGCAAAUGGUUUGUUAUCAGAGGUCACAACAUCAAGAAGUCUAAAUGUUAGUGAAAAUUCGGUAAGAACGCCUUCUUUUGUCAACAUAAAAACAAGUAAAAAAAAACCUUUAAAAAAAGUCAAAGAUAAAAUAAAAGAAGAAUGCAUAUUAAAGUAUCUAUUAGAUCAACAAGCAAAUGUUAAUGCUAAAGAUAUAAAUGGUUCUACUCCUCUUCAUUAUGCUGCCAUGAGAGGUAAUGAAAUAGCGGUUGAGAUACUACUUACGCAAAAGAACAUUAACAUUGAGGCUAUUGACCAUUUAAAAAUGACACCUUUGCAUUGUGCAUCAGUUGCUGGAUCAUAUGAUGUUUGCCUACAGUUAUUGGAUCAUGGUGCGAAAAUUAUAUGUAAAGAUAAAGAAAAUAUGACCCCUCUUCAUUUUGCAGCUAUGGAAGGCCAUCUUGAUAUUGUUAAACUUCUAUUCAGUUAUGCUGAGUCCCGUGGCGGAGUUACAUUAAGUGCUAAAUUACUAUUUUCAUACAAUCGAGACAAACAAAGUGCUCUCCAUCUUGCAGUUGAAAACAAUCAUAUUGAUAUUGUCAAAUUUUGUAUUAAUAGAGGCUCAAAUGUUAAUUUAGCAAAAGUAAACUCAAUUUCUCCACUUCAUUUAGCUUGUAGUUCCGGAUUGUUGGAUAUUGCAAAGCUUCUUGUUGACAAUGGUGCUGUUAUUGAUUCAAAAAAUUCCUUUCAAGAAACACCCUUGCAUCGAGCUGCUUUAUUUAAUCACACAGAAAUUAUUGAGUUCUUAUUGAUUAAAGGAGUGUUUGUUGAUUGCCGUGAUAAAGACAAUGAAACACCCUUGCUCAUGGCUGUACGUAAAAAUUAUGUUGAAUCAGUAAAGUUGUUGCUUGAAUAUUCUGCAAACAUAUAUGCUAAAGAUUCAAAUGAUAAAACAUGUUUAUUUUUAGCUGCUCAAGAAAAUUCUAAAGAAGCAUUAGAAAUUUUAUGUAAAUUUGAUAUUUCUAAUCUGUUAGAAGAGUUUGAUAAAUAUGAAAUGACGCCUCUUCAUGCUGCAGCAAAAGAAGGGCAUGAUAUUAUUGUUCAGACACUUUUGGGCUUAGGUUCACGUAUCGAUGCAAAGUGUUAUGAAAAUCUAACCCCACUUCAUCUUGCUGCAAAGUAUGGUCACUCUAGAAUUGUUCAACUGUUGUUAUCAAAUGUUUUGAGUAUUGUUAAUGAUGUUGAUGAUUCUUCUAACACACCUCUUCAUCUUGCUGCAAUGGAAGGUCAUGUUAAAAUUGUUGAGAUGCUUAUUGAAGCUGGUUCUCCAUUAGAUACUCGGAAUGCAAACCAAAUGACUCCAUUAGAUUGUGCUGCCUAUCGUGGGUGGAACCAAUGUGCACAAUGUUUAUUAGAUGCUGAUUCUGCUGUGAAUCCUACUGAUCUUAAAAUAACACCAUUACAUCUGGCUAGCAGGGAAGGGCAUGUUGACAUAGUAAACUUACUUCUGUCAAGAAAUGCUGAUGUUACUCGAAGAGAUCACUUUGGAAAGAACUGUUUAGACUAUGCUAUAGAGAAUAAUCAACGAGAAGUUGCCAUGGCAAUUAUAGGGUGUAACAACUGGCAAAACGCUUUGCGAAACUCUACUGUUGAAGGAAAUAACUUAACAACUCCAAUGAGAAAACUGAUUCAAAAACUUCCUGACGUUGCUGAACAAGUUUUUAAUCAGUGUGUAUUAGAUAAUGGUCUUCCUUGUGAACAUCCUCAAUAUAAAAUUACAUACAAUUUUGAGUUUCUUGAAGAUAUGUUUGCCCCAUGGUGCACUAUUGCUUUAGAUGAUAGUGAAUAUUACCAACACCGAAAAUCACUCGACUUCUCCCAUAGGCGGUCACUUUUUUCUCUAAUUUCUAGUAUGAACACCAAAUUUCCAGUUGAUUGGAUGAAGACAAAAAAUUUCAAACAUAAUCACCCUUUAAAGUUCAUGGUUCAAAAUGAGCGUACAGGGUUAUUGUGUCAUCCUUUGGUAACAUGUUUACUAAAAUGCAAAUGGAGCAUAUGUGGUCGAUAUGCAUAUUAUUCCAGAUUGUUAUUGUACAUGAUCUUUCUUUUUUUUAUAACUGGCUAUGGUUUAUCUUUAAGAGCUAAUCUUCAGGUUUCCAACAAUUCUUAUUCCUGCUUACCUUUUAAUCCAAAUAAUAAUUUAUCAAACUUCUUUAUUGAUCCAGGCAGAUAUAUAGUCAUAGUGCUAAGUGCAAUCAGUCUGAGCAUUGAGUUUGCCAAGCUUAUUAUGAAUCCCUACAAUUACAUUCGUGUAUACCGAGCUGUUGAGCUAGGAGCGUAUAUUUGUUCAUUGGUUUAUGCUAAAGAAUCAUUUAGUGAUGAAAGUAGCAGUUUUAGGUGUUCGUUUACUCAAAAUCAACUAGGAGCAGCUAGUUUAACCUUAUCAUGGUUAGGUUUGGUAUUAUUCUUGAGAAAGUUUCCUAAACUUGGAAUAUAUGUUUUUAUGUUCACACAUAUCUUAAAGUCGUUUGUUCAAAUAGCUCCUGUAAUGUUUUUAUUUAUGAUUGCCUUUGGUUUGGGGUCCCAUUUGGUUAUUUUUAUGCAAGACCCUAGAUCGUAUACUACUCCUCCACACGUUUUUAUGAAAAUUUUGUUAGGAAUGUUGGGAGAGUAUGAAUAUGAUAAUAUUUACAACCGCCUCUAUAAUCCAAUUCCAACUGCGUGGGUUAUCUAUAUGUUUUUUGUAAUCAUCAAUUGUAUUUUACUAUUUAACUUAUUGGUUGGUUUAGCUGCUGAUGAUAUUGAAACAGUUCAAAAACAAGCCAUCCCAAAAAGAUUGGCAAUGUUGGUGGAUUUAACGUUGGAUGUAGAAAAAGCUCUACCCAUCUCAAUUCAAAAGCAUUUAGUCAAAUUGAAAGAGUCAGUUUAUCCUAAUGUAUAUAAAUCAAAAAGUCUUUGGUCUUUUUGGUCAUUUGAGUCUCCUUCCACUAAUAUAAAAUCUAAGAAAAAUAUUAAAAAUAUUAAAAAAGAACAGAUCGAACUUGAAGAAAAUAUACACAAGUUAAGUAGAAGGAUAAUAGCUAUCGAGGCGCAAAACAAUCGAAUAGAAGAACUGUUGAAUGGUAUUAUUAAUCAUAUUAACAUCAAUGAAUAAACAUUUCUAUAGCUUCCGAAUUUUUGUAACUGUAAAACUACAUCUCGGACUAACUUAUUUUAUUUGUACUUUUAUUUAUUUAUGAUGUGUAAUAUUUUUAUAA